AUGUACCAGUCUGGGUUUGUGCCACGGGAGUAUUACCCGACUGUGGUUCCACCUUCUGCCUGUGCCUACCUACCACUGCGAACUGGGAGAGUGGAUGACACAAACAGCUCUGUGAUGUUCCCUCCCAUCCACAUGCACAACCUCUACAGCCGUCCCAUCACGUUUGUGGUAGACAGGAACAGCUAUCCUGACUAUGCAGGAAAUCAGGUGGAAUAUCAUCAUCUCUACAGUGCCUCCAAUCCCUACUUCCAUCCAUACUACACCUGGCACUUUCCCCCUAUGGUCCCCAUCCCUCUGUACAAUCCCUAUGCAAACUAUAAUCCUUACACCACCUAUCAGAGGCCAGAUCAGUAUCGAGACACUUGGCCGGAAGGCUUCACAAUGAGGGGGGAGCUUCAAUGGGGGAAGCUUGGAAAGGUGUUUGGACCAAGGAAAGAACUCCCAGAAUUUGUGAAGGAUGAUCUCCGGAGGGUUUAUGGCACCUACCCACGGACCAGUGUCUCCAUAACUUACAGGAAUGGGGAGUUCUUGGUCAAAGGAGACCCCAAGGUAGGAGAGCAGGAAUACACAGUGGAAAAAAAAGUCGUCCAGCGGGCUCUGACCCCCAGUGCCAGCGAGGCAGAUGACAGCAGUGAAGACCGGAACCGGAAGAAGAAAAAGAAAUUAAGACGUUGAUGUAGUCAGUCACUUCCUGGGCAGAUGCUCCAGAACCCUCAUGGGAGCCAGUUGGCAGCUGUUCUUGGUGCAGCUGGGAAGUAGUACAAGCAAUGGAUGACACCACUCCUGUUGGCUUUUAACUGCUCCCCAUCCUCCACAAGCUUAUGGCAGCUUUA